AUGGACUAUACUAUCAACGAAAAGAAAAAAAGAAUUGGGAUAUUGACGAGCGGUGGUGAUUCACCUGGAAUGAAUGCUGCUGUUAGAUCGAUUGUAAGAGUUGCUAUUUCGCGCGGGUGUGAACCAUACGCAAUUUUCGAGGGUUAUCAAGGCUUGGUUCAAGGCGGCGAUAAAAUAAAAAAAUUUGGAUGGGGUGAUGUUAGAGGUUAUUUAGCAUUAGGUGGCACACUUAUAAAAACUGCUCGCUGUAAAGAAUUCCAAUUCCGUGAACACGAUGGCAGACUAAAAGCAGCACACAAUUUGAUUAGAAAUGGAAUAGACGCAUUAAUUGUGUGUGGAGGUGAUGGUUCAUUGACUGGUGCAGAUAUUUUUAGAUCCGAAUGGCCUGGAUUGGUAGAAGAAUUAGUUAAGCUGGGAAGAAUUACAGAGGAAGAGGCAACAUCUCAUAGUAAUCUAACAAUUGUAGGAAUGGUUGGUUCAAUUGAUAAUGAUAUGUCAUCAACUGAUAUAACUAUUGGAGCUGUCACUUCAUUGCAUCGAAUUUGUGAAGCUGUUGACUGUAUUGCAUCUACAGCUUAUAGUCACUCGCGUGCUUUUAUAAUUGAAGUUAUGGGAAGAAAUUGUGCGAAUUUAUCAUUACCACAACCGUCUUUAUCAAAUCAUAAAAUUUCUUCUGUAAAACCAAGAAUUUAUACCAAAGUUAAAGAAUCUGCUGCUGUGAUUGGAAUAGAUGGUGCACACGUUGUUUAUAGGCCUGUUAUUGAUUUAUUGUCAGAAACUGAUAUGGAUAAACGUACAAGCACCAAAGCCUGGUGGAUUCGAAUAAAAGGAUUGGUAGACUUGGAACUUGUGAAGCAAAACAAUACAACAACAAUACUUACUGUGUCAGUGCCACCUAGAAAUAUGUCCAACAUAUCAGCACGUAUUUCGUCGUCAGUCAUUGGCCUCGAUAAUUCAGGAUCCACAUGUCUUGAUGAAUUAAUGUCAAUUGGCCAAUUCUUUUUGACUUUAGUAAGAUUUAUUAAUGAAUUAUUAACCCGUGUUAAAGAAGCAUCAAUAAAUGAGUCAAUGUAUAAAGUGAUAGAAAGAUUGGAAAAUCUCAAAACAUCAUGGAAAAAUUCUUUCAAUGAUAGAGUUACAAACGAACAAAAUGACCCAUUAAACUCAAAUGAAGAAGGACAUUGGAAAGCAGCUGGCUUUGGUAGUAGUCAAGUAGAAAGUUAUGAAAUAAAAAGUGAUUCUAACCUUGUAAUUGUUCAAAAUGGAGCGGUUUCAUCUGAACAAAUCAAAUGUUCCGAGAUUGGAGUCAGCAUGUUGAAGAAAGGAGGCUCAGCUGUUGAUGCAGCAAUUGCAGCAGAGUUAUGUAUUGGCGUAAUAAAUUCUCAUUCUGCUGGUGUAGGGGGUGGAGGGUUUAUACUGAUCCGAGAUUCUAAUGGAACUUCACAAGCCAUUGAUUUCCGAGAAACAGCUCCAGGUGCAUCCACCAAACUUAUGUACAAGAAUAAUCCUCUUUUAUCCCAAGUUGGUGGACUCAGUGUGGGAGUUCCUGGUGAGAUUCGUGGAUUGGAAUUAGCACAUAAAAACUUUGGAAAGUUAAAAUGGGAAACCCUUUUUGAACCUUCAAUCGUACUUAGUAAACGUGGAUUCAAAGUUCCACCAGAGUUGGCAAAAAGAUUAAAAUUAAAAUGGGAAACCCUUUUUGAACCUUCAAUCGUACUUAGUAAACGUGGAUUCAAAGUUCCACCAGAGUUGGCAAAAAGAUUAAAAGAAUAUAAACAAGAAAUUGAAAGUAAUCCAGACCUAUCGGCCAUAUAUGCACCAUAUGGUACAAUAUUGAAUGAAGGAGAUAUUGUAAAAAAUUAUAAGUUGGCAAGAACAUUAAAAUUAUUAUCAAAAUUUGGAUCUGAAGUAUUCUACAAUGGCAAAAUUGCUCAAUCUAUUGUAAAAAAAGGCAAAAUUGCUCAAUCUAUUGUAAAAAAAGUUAGAGCAACAAAUGGAAUAAUCACAUCAAAAGAUUUAAAAGAUUAUCAACCAAUUGUAACUAAACCAAUUACAGGAUUUUUUAAUGGUGGACCAAUUUUAUUAGCAAUGUUAAAUAUUUUAGAAAGAUAUAGAUUGUCAACAGAAGUUGGGUUUGCAUUAAGAACUGAAAUUGAUUAUGCUGCACUAAUUCAACAAAACAUUUCAGAUGUAAGUAAUAGUGAUACCAUAAAGGAAUAA